UUGGCUGACGUCUCGUGGCGUUAGUUGAAGCUUCACUGAACAACAAAGAUGGCAGACUCGCAGAGGUGGUUAUACAUCUCUUCGGAUUCUUUGCCCGAUUUAGGGCCGGACCUUACUACAUCGUCCGAUCUCGACAAUGUCUUGCUAAAUGGUCUUGAUGAUAUGAUAAAAUAUAUCUAUCCUGAUGGACAGAAUCUUCCAGAAAAUGAUCUCUUUGGAGGUCAACUCAAUUUCAACAUCAAACAAGAUCCAGAAUUACUUUCUGAAGACUUGGUUAAUUCAUUUAAUUUUGUCAAACCUGAGAAAGAAGACGCUGCAAAGACUUCUCCUGUUGUAUCUAAUGUUGGGACUACGGUGAUUCCGCAGAAAAGCGUUGAAAACCAACAGGUCUCUGACACAUUCAUAAAAACUGAAGUAGCUCCUGCUUCUGAUAAGAAUCUCCCUGACUGCAUCAAUUUGACUGAUGACCAGUUGUUGGCCCUUGCUAAACUAAAAGCAUCCUUGUUGGCUUCCCAACAACAUAAAGAUGAGCUUAAAAUACAAACACCGGUUCCUUCACAGCCACAACCGAUGGAAGUAACCAGUGUGGUCAACACUGGUUCUAUUGUGCAGACUCCACAGAUUUUAUCAGCACCACCACCACCACCACCACCACCACAGCAGCAGCAGCAACAACAACAACAACAACAACAACAACAACAACAACAACAACAACAGCAGCAGCAGCAGCAGCAGGAACAGCUACAACAUCUGUACCAACAUCAACAACAACAGCAGCAGCAACAACAGCAACAACAACAACAGCAGCAGCAACAGCAACAACAACAGCAACAACAACAGCAGCAACAACAACAACAGCAGCAGCAGCAGCUAGCACAAGCUAUGCUCAUCAACCAACCCCAAUUACAAGCCGUUGCUGUGACUUCUGCUGUACAACAACCAAUUGUCAGCCUUACACCAACGACAUCGUUACAAAAUGCUCAGCAAAUCAACUUGCUCCUCCAUCAACAACAACUUCCGCAACAACAAGCAACAACGGCAACAGCAGUAGUACAACCACAACAACAGCAACAACCACUUCAACAAGUUGUGCCCCAAGCGGUCGUUGCAACGUCUCCACAAACAGUUGUACAGCCUCAUCAUCAUCAUCAACAGCAGCAGCAGCUUCCACCACAACCACCACAGCAACAACAGCCACAACAACAACAACCACAGCAACAACAGCAGCCUGUGAAUGUGAAUGUAACAUCAAAUGGUAUUUCCUCUCUACAAAAUGUUACUACAACCAGCCCGGUUAACAUGCAGCAGUUACAUCAGCUCCUUAUUCAGUCUCAACUGAUAAAACCCCAGGAAGUUAAUGGUAAUGUUGUGGCAUUGACCAGUCCACCAGCAUCAAAUUCUCUAGUGACCAGUGGCAACACAAUACUGACCACAAGCAUUCCUCUGCAAAUGGUUGGUGAAGGAGACAAGCUGCCUAUCAACCGACUAAACACUAGUCCACUGAAAAAGAAUAGAGGAGAGAAGAGAACAGCUCACAAUGCGAUUGAGAAACGUUAUCGCCUUAGUAUUAAUGAUAAGAUAAUUGAACUGAAGAACCUGGUUGUUGGAACUGAAGCAAAGUUAAAUAAAUCUGCUAUCCUGCGUAAAGCCAUUGACUACAUUCGUUACAUACAGAACACUAAUACUCGUCUGAAGCAGGAAAACAUGGCCCUUAGGCUUCUCGCAAAGAAACAGAAUUUGGAAGAUAAUUUGGCUGGAGCCCAACUGAAGAGUGAUCCUACUAUGGUUCUGACCCCACCAGGCUCUAUCACAGGUUCUCCUUCCCGCAGUCCCCCUACUGCUAGCAGUGACAGUGAAAUGUCUUCUCCCCCAAGUCCACUAUUUGAUGACUCCUCGCAAAAUUCUGGUGAUAUGAAGACUUCUUGGAGUGAUGGUCACAUCUUUAACAUUGGUAUGCUUGAUCGAUCUCGUCUGGCACUCUGUAUGUUUAUGUUCGGCGUCCUUGCUUUCAAUCCGUUUGGAUUUUUCUUGAAUACUAAAAUGUAUUCAGAUUAUUAUGGGAUGCCUUCUGAACACAGUUCUCGUUCCCUACUUGUGUCCACGACAAAGAAAGAAAUGAUCUCAUACUGGCCGUUCCUGCCACAAAUCUUGAACAGUAUUUUCAUAUUGAUCAUGUUGUUGAUGCUUUUUGUGUAUGGUGAACCUGUCAAAUCCAAGAACAGUCAAGCAUCAGUAGCUUAUUGGAGACACAAGAAACAAUCUGAUCAAUACAUCACCCAAGGAAACUAUGCAGCUUCUGCUCAACAGUUGCAUCUUGGCCUUCUUGCUCUUGGUCGACCCCUUCCAACUUCGAAGAUUGACCUGGUUGCCAGUCUGGCUUGGCAUUCCUUACGUCAGUUUUUACAUUACAUUUACCUGGGAAGAUGGCUAAGUAACAGAGCUGGUGGUCUGUGGUCAAAAGAAUUUGAAGCAUCGGAAGUGAAACAGUCUGCUGUAAAUGCUGCUUUGGCUUAUCACAAACUUCACCAACUCCAUCUGACUGGUCACACAAGUGGUAGCUCAGCCUAUGGGAUUAACUUGGCUCUGUGUGCUGUCAACCUUGCUGAAGCUGCCGGAGAAAUGCUUCCGACUUCUACUCUCGCUGAGAUCUAUGCUACAGCUGCCAUAACGAUCCACCAGAGUGCCCCUUUUAACUUGAAAUCUCUCUGUCGUUACUUCCUCCAUAAAGUGAGCCACGCUUGUUCUCGCUGUGAAGGGAAAGUUCCUGCUUAUAUCCAGUGGUUAUGCCAUAAAGAUGGUUACCGAUUCUUUGUUGACAGUUUCUGGGAUAUAAGCUUUGAAGAAAGUUCUUUCUCCAGUAUUGGCAAUCAUGUCGAUCCUCUGGCUAUCGUCACUAGACACUUUCGUGAACAUCUGUUAGCAAAGUCACUUGCUAUCUUGAACAAUCCGUCUCAGAAGUGGGAAAGAACUAGUUUUAUCAGUGAGGUGACACAGUACACACAGUUAUUGGCAGAUUGUUCCUGUUUACAGUCAAAAGAAUCAACAAUACUCAUUCAAGAGUCUGUGAAACUGCCAAACCAAGUGGUUCCUUCUGUGUUGGAUGUUGAUGAAAUUGCUCGGUGGUGGUCAGCUAUUGUCAAUGUGGCUACUUACUGGUUCACUGGUGAUUAUGGAAAUGCAGAACGCAACUUUCAUCUUCUUGAUGUUUUCCCCAAGAAGUUUAUUGGUGCAAGUGAUCCACUGCCCAAAGCUGUCUUCUUUGCCUAUAAAGCUCGGCGCCGAUUCCUGUCCAGUACUCAGAAUAUUUCAGACUCCAGUAUACUACGUCAGUGUGAUCAUGCUGGCCGUUUACUCCGCGAAAGUCUUAAAUUUGAAAAGAGUUCUGAUCAUAGUGAUGUUAUUAAAGGCAUCCAAUUGUUGACAUGUGACUUCCUUCUUCGUACUCGCCGAGAACUUUGGCAACAACGUCAGAGCCAAGAUCCAAGUUAUACCAGGCCAUCACACUCGCAUAUUAUUGCAUUCCAGCAAGAUUUAUAUUGCCUCCGUCGUGUUACUCAUACCAUGAAACAUGCACUGAAAAAGGUAUUUCUUUACGAGGCCACGGCACGUAUCAUGGUUGGUGCCAAUCCAUAUCGUACUCAACAAUUGUUAGAUCAAAGUCUUCGUAGACGUGCUGGAAAAGGAAAAGAAGAUGAAAGCAGCUUGAAUCAUGACAACAAAAGUCACAUUGGCAAUCAUGAUGAGGCAUCUGCAUUGAUCCUGGCCAGCUGUCACCUACCAACUGCCACAUCUACAAGCGAAACAAUUGGUGGACACAAUCUGAGUCGCAGACAGAUGGUUGAAGAAGCUGCACAUCUUUAUGGCACGCUGCAGGACAAACGUGCUGUAAAUAUGUGUCAGAGUUUGUUAAAAACUCUUGAAGAAUACCAGUACAAGCCGGACUUGGUUCCUUCAGUUGCACAACUGUCCAAAUAUCCUGUACCACAGGCUGUUAAGUGCUGAUUGUAGCACCAUUGUGAAGGGGUUGUUUGCUAUCUAACUUGGUUCAGAUGUGUCCUUAAAGUCACAGUAUCAUAGAUUUUAUUUGAAACAACUUCUACCUUGAUAAUAAAUGAUAAAACAAACUAACAACAAUUUUAUUUUUACACCAAGGGGUAGUUUUAUCAAACUAAAUAUAUGUUUGUAGAUUCCAUGUUUUAUGCGUGCUUCCCUGUUUUAAGUGUGUAUAUGUGUAUGUAUUUAUAUAUAUAAAUAUAUGUAAAAGUAUAUGUUAAAUAUAUGUGUAUAUACAUGAAAAAAAAAAAAAUUUAUGUGCAUAUGUCAAUGUACAUGUAUAUAUAUAAACAUACAUACAGAUUAAACAAACAUUCACAUUUUUAUACCUGCACCUAUGAUUGUGAAUAUAGUGUGUGUGUGUGUGUGAGAGAGAUAUAUAUUCAUCUUUUCCUUGAUAUGUAAUUGGUCCAGUUCUGAAUGUAUGAACCAAGUUUAAAACACUAAUUAUUUAAUUUUGUUCUCUUUUUCAUUUUAUUCAGUAUUUGCAUCUGAUUUAUUUGAUAUUCGUUAAAAUCUGAUUUCCAUGCUUGUGUUUGCUAGUUUCCACUUAGAACUGAACUGCUUGUUCAAUCUUUCCUCUAUCAGCCUCACUUUUUGAUGCCAUCUUUUGUGAAAUGAAGAUAAUUAGUUUCAUUUCAUUUAGACAUUUUGUUAAUUGAAAAUAUUUUCGUGAUAUUUCGAAAUGCAAUUUUUUUUUUUAUAUAUAUAUAUUUUUGGUUUUCAAAUGAGAAAAUAUAAAUUCUGUAUUCUAGAAUUACAUUGAGUGACUGUGGAGAAUUUACACUGUAGAGAUUGAAUGUUGUGCUCCUAAUUUCAAAUCCCUGUUUUGUUUGUUUACGGCACUUAAAUAUCCUCCUUUCUCUUAUCAUUUGAUCAUUUUCAUUGGAUCAUUAAUUCUGAAUUGUAGAUAAACUUGAUAUUUGUAUAUUGUAUUAUCAUGACCACAAUAGUGUGGUGUCCAUUUUACAGAAAUUUAGUUAGUUCAAUAUAUGGGGGUGUGGUGGGUGGGGGACAGUGAGAUGUCCAGUGGCUCUUAUACUGUCACAUGCCAUCUUCCUUUGUUUAUGCUACUUGCUGUCUUUCUUUGGCUAUGCCACUUGCAAAUAUCUGUGCCUUAAAAGAAAAAAAACAAUUGAUCUAUAAAUGGGUAUUUUACAUUGUGUAUAUCCCAUAAUUACCACACAUGUAGAAUUACCUUUACAAGUAAAUUCCAAGUGCAGCCACAUUUUCUGCACUUAGUAUCUCCUGCUUCUACUGUUACCGUAACCAGCUUUGAAACUGGUUCUCUUCUUGCUGUGGCUAAUCUUGUAUAUAUUGUUGGCAAUAACACCAACAUUUAAUUUCUCUCUUAUGUGUUUAGUUGAGACAUUCUCAUUUUUAUGAAUUAUUCCUCGAAAGUAAUUUAUUAGGAUAAAAGAAGUAAAUCAAGGCAUAACAGUGUAUCAUGAUCUUGGUGUGUGUAUUUUGUUGCUUGACUCAAGGUCAAACCUGAUGAUUGAGCAGAGCUAUGAUUAAAAUCAUUCCAAUUGUGAUCUACCAUCUUUUUUAUCUUUAUUUUUUUUUUCAGACAUAAUAGGAAAAUAGGAAUGCCAUGUUAGCUAUGUAUACGGUCCAUCAGAGAUACAACUUCAAACACUAGACCACUUUCUUAUGUUUGAUUUCAAGUCUGAUUUUUAAAUCGACACUUUACAAGUUUAGUUUUAGGGAAGAACAGCUGUCUUGUAAUCUAUAAUGAUAGAACUGGAACUGCUUCCGUGAAGGGUCAAUGGAUUAUGUUGUGUCUCUAUUACCACCACAAUCACGACCUCUCCAAAUAACAACUGGUAAAUUUGAUUUAUGUAGGUCUAUUUAAUCCAAUUCAUGUCUCAUUUUCUGCAUCUAUUUGUACUGCUUGAUCUGAAGAUAUGUCAAUUGCUUCAUCAUGUUGGCAAAAUGAGGGCAAGUAGAGGUUGUAUUUCCAGGACUUGUAUUCCCAUUGAUCAAACUGCAUUUUUAUCUGAAUUCUACUAAACAGAGGAGCUGCACUUCUUCACCUACGAGGUAUCAGUUGAUAUUUUGAAGAUUCCAAACUGAUGGAGAAAAUGAUGUUUGGAUUAAAAUGCCUGGAUAUAGUGUAAACUUAAAUUUGUUAAGAGAACACUGAAGUGUUUUUAAUAAAUUUAACCCUCUUGUACCUGGGUCUUUGUAUAUAACUUUACCUUCCUCCUGGGCUCUUGAGCAAAAAAAGAGGUAGAUGCACAUGCAACUCGAGUAAUGAUUGCAAGCAAACUAAUGGACAGAAUAACAAAAAAAUUCAGGAGAAUAACAGUAAUAGGUCUAUCUCUCAACUACCAUCUUUGUUCACCUGAAUCACUUACUUUUCUCAUCACUUUCUCCAGUUUGAUUGUCUGAAUCACUCUCAUUGUCUGUGUAAAGGUAAACUCUUCAUCCAAAGAAUAAAUAUUAAUAAUUUCUUGAUGAAGUUCUGGGUUCAUCACAUUCUCAUUUCAUUGCAAAAUAAUCUGGGUUUUUGUUUUAUUAUUAUUAUUAAAAACAAAAAUAAAGAACAGCUAAGGGGGACAUGUGACUACAAAACUGCAAUGUGAUUGGUUCUCUUUUUUUAGUAUUUUAUCUUAUUAUUUUACAUGUGGUGUUCAUUACCACUUUAAUAGGAAUCUGGUAGAUAGUCUAGACUAUUCCCACUAUACUGGGAAUGUGGCAUGGUAGAGUUAAAGUAUUUUGGCAAGAUGUGGCACUAAUUAACGUAGCAGUUACAAAGUAUUCAAAGAGUUCCAAUCGACAAUAAAAUCAAGUUUUUAGUGACGUCUGUAAUGAUUUUCACAUUUGUAUAAUUUUUCUGAUGUUCUACUCCCGUCCUCAUGCCAUAUCGAAAAAAAGAAUCCACCAAAUUUUAGGGAAGAAAUGUCUUUGAGGGAUGUAACUGACCUGUAAAACUCUGUCAGUCAAUUAUGUGACAUAACUAAAUCAAUACAUUUAGAUACUCCUUGAAAACUAUUCUCUGGUGGACUCAGGUAAAUUUUGAAAUGGUGAAAAAGUUCUGUAAAAUGUAUUUAGAAAGUUCUUUUGUUAAAAUUAAAAUAGGGAAGAUAUUUUAAAUUCACUUAGAUUUAAUAUUUCUAUUUUUAGUUUUUUUUUUCUCUUCUCUGUGAUACAUAAUGGUUGUGUUCAUACUGAGGUGUCGGUUGGUUACAGCUCUGUUCUAGGAUUGAGAGAAAGUAGUCUUUUUUUAAUUUUUUUAGAUAAUAAUUCAACAUUACAUAAGGAGUAUGGUGCAUGGAUAUUUUAAAACAGGAAUUCCAAACUGACAACAUGAGAACAUGUUCCUUGUCAAUGUCUUUUGUGUUGGCCUUGAAAUAUAUUUGUCAAUUAGUUGUUUCUAAUUAACAGGUAAUUUCAUUAUGAAAUCUCCCUUCCCACCACCAUCAUCACACAGAGCUAAUUUGAGCCUUGUAUGGAUUAAAGAAAUACAUACAUUUAUACCAUCUUGAAAAAUGUUGCUUGUGAUACUCAAAAGAUGUGCUGUGUUGGGUUUCUCUAUUCAAAUGUUGAUGAGUACCAGCAAUUCCUUUGGGAGAAUUGUAGCUCAUCCCGUUUUAAGUGGGAUGUGUAGGUUAAAUCCACUAAGCCAAUGCUGAAUAACUUAUGAGUCUUUCUGCUAAAUAUUCUGGUCAUCACUUCUUUCUAUCAAAUUCUGUUUGACCCUUGAUAACAUUCUAGUAGGUGAGGAAUUAUGUUUUGACAAGCUGGGUAGAUUCUGACCAUCUGUAUCUUUUACAAAAUCCAUCUUUAUUUUUUAACAUAAUGCUUAGAUAAUAAUAGAAGGUUUUUGAUUUUCACAUCCUUAUAGAUGUAUUUAUGCUUUAUCCUGUAUUGCUAAUAAUGUAAAAUAAUUUUAAAUAAAACUUAUUCUGUAUAUAACAUUUUAA